AUGGACUCUGAAGAUACAAAUCUAGGGCAAGAAGCUACCUCAAGGUCUGGUGAGUCUGAAAAAGUACCAAAUAGAUGGAGACAGGAAAAUCCAGCAGUGGCUGCAAUGAGCAAUUAUGGCAGUCAAGAGGGAGAGAGGCAGCAGCCAGUCAACCCUGAGAGCAUCAGAAACCCCACAUCAGCACAGCAUUUUGGUUCUUUGAAAGCAGUUUCACAGGGUGAAAGUGUGCAGCAUAUCCCAGAUAAGCAAUACGCACAGAAGCGCCAUGGUUCCUAUGGCCAGCGGCAUUCCCUUUCUUUUCCUCAACAUAAUGUCCACCAACAGAGGUUAGUGCACAGCACAAAACCACACCAGAGCCUGGAAGGACAUGCCUACCCAUUUCAUAGUCACUUAUCUGUUGCCUCUGAGGACUUGUUUUUCAGAAUGCAUGGACCUAGUCAAGCAUUCCCCAGAAAGAAAAUUACAGGACUUACAUCUUAUAGCCAAUAUUCCCAAAAGUCUCUUGAACAAUCAGAAGAUACUCAUAAAAAAGAGCAGAAGCCCAAAAAACCUGGCAAAUAUAUAUGUCCGUAUUGUACACGGGCUUGUGCCAAACCUAGUGUACUGAAGAAACACAUCAGGUCUCACACAGGGGAACGUCCAUACCCAUGUGUCCCCUGUGGUUUCUCUUUUAAAACAAAAAGCAAUUUAUACAAGCACAGAAAGUCUCAUGCCCAUGCUAUCAAAGCUGGGCUAGUUCCUUUCACAGAUGCAGCUGUUUCAAAAUUAGAUUUAGAUGCGUCUUGCAUCGAUGUGGAAACAGAAAUACAUUCUGAUGGAGAACAGAGCACUGACACAGAUGAAGAGACAUUGUUGCUGGUUGAAGACUCUGAAAAACUGAGCCAAUCUCCACAAAUUCCUCUGGACAUAAGUGUUCGAAGUGAAGAGUUUUUAGAUCCAGGUUUCCAUGUGUCUUCAGAUGAGUCCUUAAUUGGUCCAAUGAAAGUGCCAAUACUUAUAAUCCCCAAAAGUGGCAUUCAAUUAUCAAGUGAAAGUGCCCAAUUUAUGGCAUCUGAGAUAAUGCUCAAUCAAUCACUGAGUGGUAAAACCGAUGAUUCCCACACAGUUAGACAAAAACUUGCAUUAAGGCUGACUGAAAAGAAAGUGCAAGAUCCAGACAAAACAUUAAAUCUACUGAGCCCCCACAGUAAAGGGAGCACAGAUUCGGGUUACUUUUCUCGCUCUGAAAGUGCUGAACAGCAAGUCAGCCCCCCAAAUACCAAUGCAACAUCAUAUGAGGAAAUUAUAUUUGGCAAAUAUGGCAGACUGAGUCCAAGAUCCUCUGUACCAAGCCAGGAUGCUAACUACCCAAUUGUAAACACUGUUAUUAUGGAGGAACAUAUGUCACAUCUUAUUACAAAGAGGGAAGGCAUCCUAGACUAUGACAAAAUUAGAGGUGUGAAAUACAGAUUGCCUGGAAUCCAUGGUCCUGAAAUACAUAAAUCUCAUCUUAUGACAGAACCUGUUGAAAUUGAAGCUAAGCUUUAUCAAGAAAUUCAGCAUGGCCAGACGGCAGUGCUUUUAGCAACACCUGGGGACAGCUCACCACUUAUAAGAAGCAACUCCAUGCCAACAUCCUCUGGAACUAAUUUAAGCAUUCCCCCUUCGAUAAGAGGAAGUCAUUCAUUUGAUGAGUGUAUGACUGGCUCAGAUGAUGUAUUUUAUCCAGGGACAGGGGGCAUCCCACAUCCACGCCCUUUAAGACGGCAAGAAGCUUUUGAACUGCCUUCAGUCAUGCAGGGUCAUUCUGAUUUUGAUACUUAUGGGAGGGCAUCCAAGAAUGCAGCUGCUGCUUACAACAGGAAAGGCAUGCAUGAAAAGUCUUUAUCUAAAGAAAAGAAAAUGGAAAGGUUAAUGUAUGAAUGUAAUGUCUCAGGUGUGCACCAUAAAAGAUGGGAGGAAUUUGAAAGUCACAAACAAGGAUACAGAGAUAUGCAGCAAAUUGGUGGAAUCAAACAGGUUGGAGAUUACUUUACUGAUGUUACAGGACCUAUAGUCUCUCGUUUUGGAACAGUCGCUGAAAACCGAAAGCGCAGAAAGGAAAAAAGUGUUGGAGAUGAGGAGGAUAGUCCAAUGCCUUGCAGUGGAAUUGGUAGUCCACUCAUAUCAGAUUAUGAUACAAAAAAUGAUGUUUCAAGGAGCAGGUUUGUUGAUUCAGGGCAAGAAUACCCAUAUGGAACGCAAGUGGAACGUUUUGAUAUGUGUAGAUCACAUGUACAGCCUGGUAGUCCUGUUUCUAUAUUAGAUGAAUCCUCUUCUGGUACUGAUCCAGAAAAAAUGACAGAAAUAAUCAGUAGAAAACCCCCUGGUAAUGUCAUCUCUGUAAUUCAGCACACUAAUUCUCUGAGCAGACCAAACUCUUUUGAAAGGUCUGAGUCUACGGAACUUCUAACGUGCAAUCAAGAUAAGGCUUGUUCACCUUCUGAGGCUUCUGAUAGUGGGAAUACAAUGUCUUCAAUGAGUCCAGACUGGACACAGCAAACUGAAAAUCCUGAAGUUACAGGCCGGCCAUCUCCAUCUCAGCUCUCACAACAGUCAGUAUAUCACAUGCCUCCUAGAUUGGUCCGCCAGCAUAAUAUCACAGUACCUGAGAUUCGUGUGACAGAGGAGCCAGACAAGCCAGAGAAGGAAGUAGAAAUUCCAGUUAAAGAACCUGAAAAGACAACUGAAGAAUUUCAGUGGCCUCAGAGAAGUGAAACCCUUUCUCAACUCCCUGCUGAGAAACUGCCACCAAAAAAGAAGCGUCUACGUCUGGCAGACAUGGAUAACUCAUCUGGUGAAUCAAGCUUUGAGUCGACAGGCACAAGUCUCUCCCGAAGCCCAAGUCAGGAGAGUAACUUAUCUCAUAGUUCAAGUUUGUCAAUGUCAUUUGAGAGGGAAGAACUCAUGAAAUCUGCAACUCCUACGAAACAAGAUGAAAUAGGAAGGCAUGCAGAAUUUUUAACAGUUCCUCCUGGUUCCUAUUCUCUCUCUGUGCCAGGCCACCAUCAAAAAGAAAUGAGGCGCUCCUCUUCAGAACAAAUACCAUGCCCUAUACUAACUGAAAUCCCUGAGAUUCGUAGUAAAUCUUUUGACUACGGUAACCUUGCCCAUGCUUCAGGGGCUGGGGCAACCACUACAACUUUAUCCCCAGCCCGUGAGAGGAAAAAAUGUUUUCUUGUACGACAAGCUUCUUUUAGUGGUUUUCCUGAAAAUGCACAGACAGAACAAGAACUUGGUAAUCAAGAAUCAGCAGAUCAGCAGCACACUUCUCGCAAGUCUCCACAGACAGGUUGGCAUCAUUCACCUUCAACGUCAUUAUCAGGCUCGACAGGACAUUCUACUGAAGAUUCUGGAAACGUACUUGUUGGAAUUUCUGGACAACCUAUGAGUACCUCACCCCACUUUUCACAGCAGCCCAUUAGUAGCCAUGAUGCAUUAAGACAUUCUUUUGCCCCUCAAUCUUCAUAUAUCCCCAAAAGACAUACAUCUAAACAGCAACAUGCAUUUUCACAUCCUGAGAAGAUUUUGUACCCUCCCGUUCACAAUGCAUUUCAAUUACCUUAUACCUCUGUGUGUAUGUCUCACAUACCAUCCCACCACCCACUUUUGUGGCCCACUUGUAUAGAUCCUUUACAGAGACAUUUCCAACAAAAUUUGCAUCAGAUAAAAUCAUAUUUCAAACCACCUAUCCAAUCAGAGUCACACCCUUCAUUUUAUUUUGAAUCUACUCAGGAGCAUACUGGUUGUAAGCCAAUAAAUUACAUCCAUGGGAUGGAAACAAUCUACCAGCCAUAUUUAGAACCAUCCACACAAAAAUCAAAAGCUAUGCUUGGAAAACUACAGAGAGACCACAGUGGAGGCUCAAGUGAUUCCACGUCUGAUCAGCACCUUCAGAUAGUUUCUGCUUCCCCUGAUAUUGGUUCUAUUCAGCCUAUUCCAGGAGCUAUUGUCCCUGUCAGAAUUCAGACUAAUGUGCCAUCGUAUGGAAGUGUAAUGUAUACUAGCAUUUCACAAAUUGCUGUAACACAUGCACAAACUAAAAACUCAACACUUGUAAUAUGCAGAGUGGAUGGGAGUACAUCACAGAGGAUACUGGCAACAACAGCAUCUAUGAAAGAUUUGGGAUUCAACAUAGCCAAGAUGUUAGCACCCUGCAAAGACAUAGAACAAUAUCCCCUGUGGAAAGUGCCACAGACAUUACCACUUGGUUUGGAAUCUGAAAUUCCUCUGUGUUUAACUUCCAACUCUGAGAGUGCUUCCACUUUUGGAGGUGGAAAACGCAUGCUUUCUCCAGCGAGCAGUUUGGAACUUUUCAUUGAAACCAAACAGCAAAAGCGAGUCAAAGAGGAAAAGAUGUAUGGGCAGAUUGUUAAGGAACUGAGUGCUGUUGAACUUACAAAUUCUGACAUUAAAAAGAACCUGCCACGGACAUCCAAACCUCAGUUGGUUAGGCAAGGUCAUACUACUGAGCAAAAGGACAGUCUCUCUUCAGCAACAGAAUCACCGCCACCUGCAGCAUCAGUUUCUACUGUUGUAGACAAAGAAUUACCUGAAUGUAAGAACAGUGAUAGCCCAGAAGGUCGAAUGUCACCUGAUGAGUUCUACAAUGAGGAGACAUCAUCAGAUAUGAGUUUAAGCCCUGAGAGGACACCAAGUGAAUUUAUUGAGGAUGAGCCAUUGAAAAGUCAGAAGCCAUCUGCUGGUAUAUUUGUUCAAAUGUCUGAUAGUUCCAGUGGAAUAGGGGGAUCUUCAAGGAGUCUUCUAAAAGAUGGGGCAGAAUUUCAACAGAUUCUUCAAUUUCCUAGCCUACGUACUACAACAACAGUUAGCUGGUGCUUUCUAAAUUAUGCAAAACCAAGCCACACAGAGCAAGCAUCCCUCAAGUCAUCUGUUUAUGCUUCAUGGUGUAUCAGCUCAUGCAAUCCUAAUCCUUCUGGACUUAAUACAAGAACUUCUUUAGCACUUCUAAGAUCGAAGCAGAAGAAUACAGUGGAAAUAUAUACAAUGGCAGCAAUGCAUAGAUCUGGAGCUGGCAAGUUAACAUCAUCAAGUGUAUGGAAGCUGCAGUUUGCACAGGUAAUAUAUAGAAAAUAUGUACUAAUGAUAAUUAUUCAGUAACUGCAAAUUCUAGCUUUUCUUUCUCAGGGAUUAUAACCUUGGGUGAUAUUACUCUUGAAAUAAUCCUUAAACCUGGAUGAUGUCACUCUUGAGAUACUCAUUCACUCAAAAAGAAAGCAACCAACUUGUAGUCUAUCACUGAUUUAUAUGGAUAAUACACUACUGCACUGUUUUCAUUAAUCAGAUUUGAGGAUCAUUUCCUUGUCCACUUUGUAAAAUCACUAAUCUCUGUAAAACAACUAGAUUAGGGUUCUAUACAUACAUAAAGGAAAAUCAAUACCAAAAUACAUUCCUGUGAGGAAAAUCUGCCAAUGCAUUUUAUGAGAUAGCUCUGUGCUUAGUGUUCUAGCUGUAGUAUGCUAAUCACCUGUUUUAAUGUGCAGGUUCGAUUCAAUAGUUAAAGAUUAUAAAGUGAACGAGUACCACACAUAUUCCAAUACGUACUAAAUGUACUCUUUUCAUAUUUAGAUAUCAUUGUAAGAUAUACAGCUCCUGAUAACAAAGAAAAAUCCUGGGUGUCAGAGCUGGAGCCAGUCACCAUGGGCUUUGCUAGAUUACAGAAACACCUGUGGCUAGAGCCCAAAGAAAAAUGUAAUAACCCCUACACUAACAGAGAGUUAAAGAUAGGUCACCAUAUACCCCCAACUUUCUAAGCUAUAUCCCGUUUCUCAGUGAAAGCAUAGCCAGAUACAAGCACACGUAGCAAAGCCAGCAUUAUCAAUGCCUAGGUAACUAAUGUAUACAAAGUUAUGUUCUCCAGCACCUCCACUGACACCCUAAGCAGCCUGGCAAAGCACUAUACUACUGAACUUUCUGUAAUAGGUGGCUGCUUUGAGAAGCAGCAGUCUGACGUAAAAUUGAAGAUUAUGCUAGCGCUAGUGUACUUAUAAUCUUAAUUUUAGUAAUGACAGGAGGCGAGUAUUUUGCAUAUAACUCUCUUUACUAACUCCACAUAGCAGUAAAGAAAAGUGAAAACAUUAACCAAUCAAAAUGCAGUAGGAGGUAUAGUAUUCACAGUGAUGAGGCUCCUCCCCCUCUUUCGAAAGCGACAUCAGAGACAAAUAUUGAAAACGGAUAAAGUCUUGAAACAUAAAGUCUUGAAACAUGCACCAACGGGUGACUUUCCAAAUACGAAGUCCUAGUGGUUGAAGGACGGCCCGAACGUGUCCAUCCUGAGCAUAAGCUGUAAUGUCCCGAAGUUAUGCUGAAAAAGAACGUGGAGAAGGUUAGGUACCGAUCUGGCAACUGUUUGCGGUAAUGUAAUAAACCCAACACAAUUUCCACCGACUGAUGUAAAACUAGAUGAAAACUAGUAUAAAUAUGACAGUAAACAAUAACAAAGAUUUAACUAAACAAGGUACAAGCCUGAGUCAUACAAGAUGAGUAGGAAGAUAGAAGAAGUAAGGAAAUACACAUAGUAAGUAUACUUACUUGGAUCCGUAUCCCCCAAGGGUGCGGAGGGUGGGAAAAUACUCGCCUCCUGUCAUUACUAAAAUUAAGAUUAUAAGUACACUAGCGCUAGCAUAAUCUUCAAUUUUACCACAUGACAGGAGGCUUCAUAUUUUGCAUUUUUAACGCUGAAGCAGGAGAGACGUGGCUGCCCCCGAUUCGGUCGGAAGUAGAAGGUCCGAAAGGUCGAUUCUCGUGACCAAUCUGCAGCUCGUAGGAUGUCUGCCAGGGAUGCGCCUGCGGUGAAAGCCGAAGAAGCUGCCGCCCCGCGGACGGAGUGGGCUCCGAAGGUUUCCUCUACGCCCGCCAGGGACAGAAUCCAUCUUACCCAUCUGGCCAGGGUGGUGGUAGAGACGGGAACGUGUGGUCUAACGUAGGACACCAAGAGUUGGCCCGUAGGGGAGACCCGCAAACGGGAUGUGACCUCUACGUACCGAUGUAGGGUAGAUACCACGCAGAGAAGCGGUUCUGUAGGAAAAAAGGGGUAGAAGACCGAUGUGGAGUCGGAUUUCGUACGGCGUGAAACUUGGAAGGUAACUCCCUCCGGGGAGACCGAAAAGGCAUCGAUGUCGAAAGCUCGUACGUCCGAAACUCUGCGGAAUGAGACCAAACAAAGUAGGAGCGUCAGUUUGGCUGAUAGUUGUCGGAGCGAGAGUCUGUCAUUGUCCGGCCAGUCCCUCAGGAACUGUAGGACGUUUUCGACGUCCCAUAGUCGGGAAUAUUUAGGUUUCGGAGGCCUCUGAAGUCUGAUGCCCCUGAGGAGGCGGCAUAUCAACGGGUCUUUCCCGACGGGGAUCCCCUGGGCCGGAACGUGGGCCGCUGAAAUUGCGGAGCGCACGACGUUGAGGGAUCGAUAAGAUCGGCCCUUGGAGAAGAGAUGAGAGAGAAAAUUCAUGAUGGCUGUUAUAGGUGCAGUAAAGGGAUCGAAAUUCCGCUCACUGCACCAAGUAGACCAGGAGCUCCAUGCCGAUAAGUAACAUCGUCUGGUUCCUGGUGCCCAUGAGUCCCAUAGGAGAUCUCGAGAUGUUUGCGAUAACUCUUCGGUUUGCCAGGCUCCCCUGAAAGCGUCCAAGCCACCAGCGUGAGACGGUCUUCCAGGAUGAGCGGGUGUUGAUUCCCUCUCGGGUCCGUAAGGAGCAUCGGAUAGGACGGUAUGAGGAGGGGAUCUCUGUAGGAUGACGCUAGGAGAUCCGGAAACCAUGGUUGACCCUGCCAUAGGGGUGAGAUGAGGAGCAGGGAUCCGCGUUGGGUCUUCAGGUAUUGCAUCGUCCUGGCUACCAUGGCAAAUGGGGGAAAGGCGUACGCCCCCAAGGGUGGCCAAGGCUGGAGAAACGCAUCUACUGCCUUGCUCUCUGGGUCUGGGAGCCAGCUGAAGUAUUCGUCUGUCUGCCUGUUGUUGCGUGACGCGAAGAGGUCCAGGUGGAGGGGACCCCUCCUGACCGAAAGGCGCUGGAAGAUCGCUGGGUCCAGUCUCCAGUCGCUGCUGUCUCGCCAGUGGCGUGAAAACCAGUCCGCUGUCAGGUUCGUUUCUCCCGGGAGGUAUUCUGCCAUGAGGGAGAUUUUCCGGGGUAGACAAAAGUCGAAAAUUUCCUUCGUGAUCUCUGAGAGGAGCCUGGAUCGGGCUCCUCCCAGGCGAUUGAUGUAGCGGACCGCUGAGAUGUUGUCCAUCCGGAGGAGGAUGCAGCAGUCUGUCCGGUCUCUCGCUAAGCUGCGGAUCGCAAACGACCCCGCUAGGAGUUCUAGGCAGUUUAUGUGAAGGUUGGUUUCUUGGGAAGUCCAAGUGCCUCCUGUUGAUCUGCCCUCGCUUGUGGCGCCCCAGCCCCACAGGCUGGCGUCUGAUUCCAGAACUAUGUCGGGUGCAUUCCCGAAGAUGGCUCGGCCGUUCCAAGCUUCCAUGCUGUCCAACCACCAUCCGAGUUCUUCCCUGACUUCUUCCGUUACCGGAAUGGUUUGGUCGUAGGAAGGGUUCUGACGGAGGAAGGAGGCCUUCAGCCGUUGCAUCGCCCUGUAGUGUAGUGGGCCCGGGAAGAUUGCCUGUAUAGAUGCGGACAGCAGUCCCACGAUUCGAGCCAGGCUGCGGAGUGGGAUGGUGUUGCAGCGGAUGACUCUGCGUAGUUCCUUCUUUAUGGCUGUGAUCUUUGAGAUCGGGAGCCGUAAGGUGCUGGUCUUGGAAUCUAUCUCGAAGCCCAGGAAAUGUAUCGUCUGGGCUGGGAGCAGCUCCGAUUUUUGGUAGUUCACCACGAAGCCUAGGGACGUCAGGAGUUGAAUGGUAUAUCGUGUGUGUUGUGUUAGACUGUACCUGUCUGAGGAAAAUAGUAGCAGGUCGUCCAGGUAGAUAAUGCAACGAAUUCCUUGAGUUCGUAGUUGUGAUACUACCGGCUUGAGGAGCUUGGUGAAGCACCACGGCGCUGAGCUGAGGCCGAAGGGGAGGCAUGUGAACUGCCAGGGUUGGUCUUGCCAUAGGAAUCUGAGAAAUUGGCGGUAAGACCCAUGGACGGGGACCGACAGGUAAGCAUCUUUGAGGUCCAGUCUCGUAAACCAGUCCCUGUCUUGGAGUAGAUCUCUCAGCAGGUGAAUGCCUUCCAUCUUGAAGUGCCUGUACGUUACAAAAGCGUUGAGUCCCUUCAAGUUUAUAACAGGACGGAAUUCUCCUGAUUUCUUUUUUACUAGGAAAAUGUUGCUGAAGAAGCCCUUUCCGUCGUGAGCCGGUUCUAUCGCUCCUUUCGCCUUGAGCUCCCGUAGUUCGCCGUCGACGUAGCCCCGAACUGUCUGGAGGAUCCAUGCGUCCGUGGAGAUGGUCGUCCAGUUCUGAAAAGACAGAGCAAUACGGCCUGCAGUGUAAGGGGUAAGUGAAACUAGAGACACUAGAUUGCUUACCUGUGGGGAAGCGUGCUCUGCCACGGUUACGAGGUCCUCUGCCUCGGUCUGCUCCUCGGGUGUAGGAGAAGGGUUGCCUGAAACCCACUUCCGGGUAGAAAGGCUGUGGUCUGUGUGACCGGGGGCCAGAAGGCCAGAAUCGGCUGGCUGCUCGGCCCCUGUAGCGGCCAGCCCGUCCAAAAACACCCCGACUGGGGUAGCCUCUGAGACGUCUGAGCCUUAUUGAGGGACGUAAAGAUGUUAACAUGCUUGUUCAGCUCUUUUAAGAAAGGUUCUCCGAACAAUUUGCCCUGUGCCAACGGUCCCAACUCUUUGGUGCCCAAAUCCACCAGUUUUCCGUCAAUACGGAGUAAAGCUGCCUUGCGCCUCUCAGAGGAGAGGGCUACGUUGGUGUUACCAACAAAACAGAAGCACCGUUGUGCCCAUUCUCUAAUAUCAUGUGCCCACUCUUUGACCAUGCUAGAGUCAAAUUGAUCGGCCCUAGUGAACGCAUCAUCCGCCAGGUACAAUAUGCGGGAGAGUGGGCCGAUUGAGUCCAGCAGUUUAUCCUGGACCCCGUGGAAUCCUUUCUCCACGCCCCGCCGAGGGUCGCGGCCACCUCGGGACAUAAAGGUGUUCAUCACCUGAUCAAACUCCGGGGUCUGUGUUACGUGGUCGGGGAGCGAGGGGCGCGGGCAUUCAGAGCGUAGACGGUUGCGCACCGUUUUGUCAAGUGGUUUGCGUAGCCAGCGGUGCAUAAAUUUGGAGAGGUGGUCGGGGGGGUCCAGUCUCCAGAGCGUGGAUGGCGGAUAUUACGAGGGUCAAAUAGACGUUGCCCCGUGGGGUCUAGGAUGGUAUCCCCUUCUUGAGCAGGUGCGAGGUCGUCAGGCAACUGGAUGUCGUCCAGGAAGGUGCCUUGUAAGAAGCCAGAAUGGGAGCCGGGGUCUGAGUCCCAAUUGUCAUCAUGCGAAUCAGAGUCCGCGGCUUGCCACUCGUCUAACACGGCCAUAGAGCGCGUGUGUUCGUCCCCCUCAUCCGAGGAGUAGUGGGCAGGAGUAGGUGGGGUUGGUCUGUGGCGUUUGGAGGGUGCCUUACCCUUGCCUGGGGUAUCGCCCGCUUUCUCACCUUUCCAGUGACGUUUGGUGGGGCGUGGAUCCGCCUGUACGUGUGACUCAGAGGCCUCAGAGUCUUCAUCCUGAGGUUGGGUCAGCGUGGCUUUUUUAGAUUUGUCGGUAGAUGCCGACAUAACCCUGGACAGCGCUUUCUCCAUAGAAGCGGAGAUGGCGUCCGCAAUCAUAGACUGGAAGUCUGCAGGGGUUUGGGAUGCUUCCAUAGUGAUUUUGUGUUGGCACAGGGUAGAUGGGCUAGGGGUCAGGUAGUAGAGUAUGGAUUCAGUAAUAAUAAUGACAACACCCCAGCAGGAUGUGUGAUAGCACAGGUACAAUAAGCACCAGAGACCCCAGCAGGGUAAAUUGGGUUUUCUUGCUGGGCCUCACCCAGAAAUGUAUAUGACAGUGAGAGUGGCACGAAAUCCGCUCAAUCUGGUGUUAAGAUGGGGUUGGGAAGCCCCUUACCAUAUACAUAUACAUAGGUGGCACAAAAUCCACCUGAUGGCAGCAGUGAAAUAAGGGCCUCACCCUGUUAGAAUUGUAGGUGGCACAAAAUCCACCCAGUAAAUCAAUAAUAGUGGACUCACCACUCAAUAGGGCCAGCAGCCUCUGAAUCCAAUAAUAAGAAUGCCAGUGACCCCUGCCAGUUGUACUUCUUUGCGGUCUGCAAGCCGUCAGCACAGAACGGUAUAACACACCCCAGACGGCCGGGAUGUGUGUGUGGGUGUCUGGGAACGAGCGGGUUGCGGCGGCGGUCGGCACUGCGCAGUCCGCGGUACUCCCAAAAUGGCGGCCGAGAAUCUCGCGAGACGCGAGAUCCAAGAUGGCCGCCGGGGAGCCGGGAAAGAGGUUUCCCGGCGUGCCGGCGAUCUAGAAAGCGGCUGGGGAGCCGCAAGGGAGUAUUAGGAGCAGGGUGAGCGUUACCCUGAGGGAAAUAAGCUGGGAGGCCAGCGGCAAAAACGGGGGAAAAACGGAGGGAGAAAAAGGGAUGA